CGCGGAAGAAAAGUGUGGGAAAUACGGGGCAGCUGAGGGAAUGGUCCCCGUGUAGAGGUGGGAAAGCUGUUGUAGCAAAUGGUGAGUGUAAGUCAGUAAGGGAGCGGAUACAGUCAUGGACCUGAAGUUCGUCUUUCUGAUAUGUCUGAUACCAGCAGCGUCAGCUAAAUUUCAGGUUGAGGCUAAAGACAAGGAGCUGGUUGUAGCAGUAGGAUCUGAUGUUGAAUUGCCCUGUACACUUUCUCCACCAUCCAGUGCUGUCGGACUGGAGGUACGCUGGUUUCACACAGUGUUUCACUCAGUUGUGUAUCUGCUGAAAGAUGGAAGGGAGGACAGACAACAGCAAAACACUGAGUAUCGUGAAAGAGCAUUUCUAAAAUCUGGGCCCCAGACAGGCAACCUGGCACUUUCGCUCCUUAAAGUCCGUCUUUCUGAUGCUGGCACCUAUCACUGCUUUGUGGAGAAUGAAACAGCUGCAUAUGAUGAAGAAGAUUUUGUAAAACUAGUUGUAAUUGGACCAGGCUCUCCACCACUUGUUAAAGUCUCUUUGCAAGACAGCUCAGUUCAGAUCUCAUGCUCAUCUUCCGACUGGUUUCCUGAGCCUACAGUGAACUGGAAGACCGACGAUGAAGCUUUUGUUAAUGAAGAAAUGACAACAUCCCAUAAACAGACUGAUGGUCUCUUUAGUGUAACAAAUAAUAUUCUUCUGAAAGACUCCUCUGAAGGAAACCUCUUCUGUACAAUGAAACAUCCUGUCACAGGAAAAGAAUCCGGAGUUUAUGUGAUUGUGUCAGAAUCCAUGUUUCCACGACUUUCACACUGGGCCAUCCUGUUCUUUGUGCUGCUAGUGCUGUCCCUUGGUGCCUUUGCAUUUGUUGGUUGGAAAUUUUAUGCAUAUUGCAUAGAAAAAGAGAAGCAACUGAGUUCGAAAGAGAAUAUCUUAAAAUUCUCCCUGAAGCAAAGUUUUUCUUUAUUUUUUCAGCUCUUCAGAAGCAAGAACUUGAAUGGAGAAAAGCUGUUGUAUACAAAGAAUCCAUUCAUUUUGAUCCACAUUCAGCCUUUCGUCGGCUGGUUGUUUCUCCAGACAAAUACGUUAUUUCGCCAGCUGAACAGGAACAAGAUGUCACCUCAGGUGAAGACAGGUUUGACACUGAGCCGUGUGUUCUUGCUCAGUCUUCCUUUGAUUCAGGGAAGCACUACUGGGAAACUGAAAUCCAAGAAAGAAGUGGAAAGUUCUGGUCAAUUGGCAUUGCAAAACAGACAGUGAGACGUUCAGGGGGUCAGCGAGAGUGCCCAGAAGCUGGCAUUUGGGCCAUUAGAGCUUCAUCAGACUGUUUCCUUGGGCUGUCCACCCCUCCUACUGAAAUUUUUCCAUCCCAGAGACCUGUGUUAGUGGGCAUAUUUUUGGACUAUGAGGAGGGAAUGCUGACAUUUUAUGAUGUAAAUACAUUUCAGCUACUUUUUACGUUUCAGGAUAAAGAUAUUGCUGAAGAGCCAGUAUUUCCCUUUUAUUAUGUUGGAAAUGGAAUUACUUUUGUGUUAAAACAUUGACGAUAACAAGUUUUUAUACCUUAUAUUUUGUUUUUGUUAAAGUAAAAACUAAAACCACCUUUAUGCUUAUCACCCAAAUCUACCUGUUCACUCCUAACCUUUCCCCUUCUGUCCUUUCCCAAAUUACAGACUGCCUUUCUGCUAUCUCCUCCUGGAUGUCACAGUACCACGUGAAAAUAAAUCUCUCUAAACUAGAA